AUGACGAUCCGGGAAGCCCCAGCAGCAGGAAAGCCCGUACUGGGCAGCCCAUCAUCCCACAGGUCAAAGUCCCAAAUGUGCUUUUCCACCAGCACCACCGCCCGGCAGAGCUCAAGCUCGACCACAGCACCAACACCGUCAUCCUCAACAUCAUCAACAACAACAGCACCAAACGCCAGAUGGAUCGACGACCUCCGCGGCCGCAUAGGCAAGUGCAUCACUUUUGGCUGUGACGCUUCCCAGGUCGCCCGCAGCGCAAAGAUCCUGGCCGCGCUGUCGGCAGAGUGGCGGGACCUGCUCGCGGGCAGCCACGGGUUCAUCACGCCGGGCAUCCUCGCGGCGGGGGAUCUCAUGGGCGAGCAGCAGCAGCAGCAGGCCGGCAACGUUGGGAAUGUGCGCAUGGGGUUGCAGAACCAUGCUGUGGCCUGGGGCGACAUGGACAGCUUUGGCCACGUCAACAACACAGUCUACAACAAAUGGGCCGAGUCCGCCCGCGUCAACUGGCUGCUGCACUUUGCUGCGCUGGACCCGGCCAACGCCAAGCAGUGGCGCCAGCUCAUGACCAUGAAGCACAUUGGCUUCAUCAUGCAGAGCAUCACGACAAAGUACAAGAUGCCAAUAGUAUACCCGGACACCAUAAGCGUAUACUACCGCCUCACCAAGCCCGUGACAGACCCCUCCUCAACAACAACAACACCAUACCUCAACCUCCAGUCCCUGAUCCUCACCCACAAGCACCGCCGCAUAGCCGCCACCACCGACGAGUCGGUCGUCGUCUACGACUACCAGGCCGCCUCCAAGACGGACCUCCCCGGUUUCGCUGCGCCCCUUUUCGGUAGGACGUGGAACUUGCAGCAGGUUGUGGCAGGGCGCGCGCAGCAGAGGAUCGCCGAGCUGGUGCGGGCGGUGGAGGACCUGGAGAAGGACACCUGGGAUCGGGAGGAUGCAAAGGAGGACUUUGGGUCGUCGAAGCAGUGA